AUGAUAAAACAGCAUGUCUUAAAUCUUCAUGCUGAAAUUCAAAGAUACUUUCCCGAACUACAAAACUUCGAAAAUGUUCAUCAUUUCAUCACUAAUUCCUUUGUGAUCCCUGUUGUUGGCCUUCUGUCAGAAGAUUACAUCAUUCAGGGACAGUUCAUCAACUUGCUGAAUGAUGGAGGUGCUAAAAACACCUUCUGUAAAAUGUGUUGCAAUGAAUUCUGGACUGAAAUGAUGCAGUCCUAUCCAGAUGUAGCCGAGUUGGCCCUCAAAAUCAUUGUUCCAUUUGCAAAAAUGUACAAAUGUGAGAUGGUUUUGCAACUUUACUCGAAUUAA